AUGAUGGCCAAGCCGUGGAACGAAUACCAAGGGACUAUCACCAAGCUGUACAUCAAGGAGGGUAGAACACUCAAGGAUGUCCGCGACAUUAUGAAGUUGGAGUACAACUUUGACGCUUCAAUCCGCUCAUAUCGACAGCAUUUUGAUAUCUGGGGAGUAGGCAAGUAUACUUGCAAGAAACGAGAAGAGCGCCGUCGCCGAUCCGUAAACAAGGGUCUGUCUCUCUCCCCAUCACAGUCCCUUGCAGACGUCAUCAUAAAACAGGAAGAUGCAAGCUCGCCGGCUUCCUCGUCAGGCUCCAGCUCUGUAAGCCGACGCUCAUCAGAGCAGAAACCUCUGCCUGUGCUGAAGCAGCCCAUCCUCUACCCAAGCUUUUUCCAGGACCAGAUGCGGUCUCAAGACGAUGCGCAGGCAAAGAUUGAUGCUCCCCGAGCACCGCUAUGGGAGGGCCUGGAUAUAGACUCGCUUCGCGGUUCCCAGACCGCUCAAGCCAUGUUGCCAUCAAUCAUGCCAAUCCAGUCUUAUAAUGAGGCUUCGAGCUGGCCAGUGCCCCGAGGCUCGUCAUCGUAUCUCAACAGUCCUCCCCAGUCCUUCGACCGACCACACUUUGAGAGUAUGGUCCCGCGGUAUGUACCUGACCAGCCGCUGUACCCUCGUGACGCUGGACUCCGGUCGGGCUUGCGAGCUCCAGACCUGUCUGUGGGCAGACCAAACCCAGGGGAUCUACUUCACCACAUGGUUGGCUAUCACGGCGUAGCACAGGGGUAG